UACAUGUACAUGUGCGACGUAACUAACGCCAGUGUCUUAUCUCUAUGUUAUUUAUGUUAUUUUGUUUGAAUUUUUAGACGUUAAACCCGUUUGCAAAAGUUUUACUCAGUCGCUCACAAUUUGCCUUAAAAGCUAGUCAUGUUUAGUUAGAAUUUUCUGCUGCCAUUUUAAAUUCCUGGGCCACUUUGGGCGGGUAAUCCCUGAACAAAUAUGGACGUGAAUAUUAUCGAUUGUGUGUGACCCGUUGUGUGUGAGAUGAAUUGAUAAGUCGUUGAUAAAUAAAACGCCGAUAACGACACGCGAUCAUCAUUGAUGAUUAUUGUUAACAAUUGAAUGCGUUAUUCGUUGUUGAAUUUCGGCGGAUACAAGUUACAUCGCUGUGUAAAGAUUAAAGGAAACACGCGUAGCGGAAUAGAAUUGAAUACAACAUAACCAAUAACGUAAACUACAGUUUUAAUAUAUUUGUGGUUAAUUUGAGUGUUUGUGCAUCAUGGGGUUUGGACUAUGGCUCAUGGAGAUGACGAGGGUAUUUUGAACAUCUUGCAACAUCAAAUCGUCGCUGUGCUGCUGUUUUUCAGCAUUUGGACGCCCAUUUUCACAUAUCCUAGCGCGCUGGCAUGGCAUGUCGCGUUGUGUUCGCUUGGCUUAUUCCCAUUCGUAUUCGAAGGAUUAGCAGUCCUAGGAUAUGAUUUGAUCUAUGCAAUUGAACUAGAAGAGAAAACACGUGGAUAUAUCCAUGCAGUAAUGAUGUCCCUGGGUACCAUCUUCCUGGCAGCAGGUGCCAUCAUGGAAAUGGCGCGCGAUCGCCUAACCUCGCAUUUCAGCUCAACACAUGGCAUCCUAGGAUUAAUUUGCCUACUUUUUGUGCUGUUUGCGUUUAUCUUUGGAUUUUUCUCGAGAUUCGCAAAAUCUUUGAAAGGAUACGCCAGACCUGUUAUUUUCCACUUUGUGCAUAAUCUAAUCGGCAUUCUGGCUGUCACAUUCGGCAUUGCAUGCAUGUGCACUGGUUAUUACCUUGAUGCGUUUAUAGCCCUGGAGGAUUCCAAGAUGGCGGCGACAAUUGUCGCUUGUUUAUUGCUACCAUGGGCACUCGCGACGGCGCUGCACAAAUUGUACAAGCAAUUCAUGUCGAUGAUACAAUGACUCAAUGAUCGUAACAACGCGCAUAGAAAGACAAUUUACGUUGUAAUUACAAAUUAGAUAUAGGUUAUUUAUUUUGACUAGGAAUUGAUUUUUGUUACUUGAAUGCAAGUUUGUAAUAAACAAAAGGAAAUGUGUGCA